UUAUGACAUAUGCCCAUAUGUCAUUAAUGGUUUGCAUUAUUUCGUAAUUUUCACCUCAAUUUGUGAAGUAAAGCAAGACUUUUGUUUAGGACUAAUUUGUAAAUGUGAUAAAGCAAAGUACGAAUAUAAUAUGGCCGAUGAUUUAAGGAAUUAUAAACUUCAACUACAGCAGGUGGAAGCAGCGUUACUAACGGAUACACAAAACGAAGAACUGUUAAAGCUGAAAACGGAUUUAGAGGAAGUAAUUGAGUUGACACGCGAUCUUAUAAAAACAAAGGAGGGUGAAUCCAAAGUGCAUAAUAUUCAUAGUUCUAGUAAUGAUGAUGAUGUUACAGCUUGCCUGUUGGCUGCGGAGGACGGUGAUGUCGCAGAGGCGGAGUCUAAGUGGCGGAUUGGCGAGAAAGUUUUGGCCAAGUGGAAGACAGAUAGCAUAUAUUACGAGGCAACUGUAGAAGAGAUAAGUGCAGUUAGUCUUAAAGUAAAGUUUGAUGGCUAUUUAACAUCAGAAAUUGUCUCCAUUUUAGAUGUUAAAUCAUUAGCAUCGGGUACAAAACGAUCACUUGGAGAGCAUGGUAAAGGCUACAAUAGAGAGUAUUUAAAAAAGAAAAAGCAAAAAAAGCAACAAAGAUUUAAACAAAUUGAAGAAGAAAGAGAGAGUGAGAAAAAUAAAUGGCUCUCAUUCCAUUCCAAAGCAGCAAAGAAACCUGGGGUCAGAGCAAAAAGUAUAUUUGCAUCACCUGAUAAUUUGACUGGUAGAGUUGGAAUUGGUACAUGUGGUAUAUCAGGGAAACCAAUGACUGAGUAUACACCAGGAGAAAAGUGGAAAAAGGGAGCAUAAUUAAUGGUAUCAAUAGUGUAAUUUUAGGAUAAGUUAGUUUAAUGACCGAAUACUGUGAAGUUAAUGACUUAAUUAAAUUUUUUAGUUAUAAAAAUGCUGCGUUUUUGUUG